CCGGGAUUUAUUCCAUAUUUCAUACUGUUUGACCGGUGAAAUACACAAUCAUGUAACCGUUUCCGGCGUGACUCACUGACAAGCCCUCUCCAGUCCGCCAAGUGCAUUAUUCCCUUUGCCGACUUUAGCCUCCCCUUGAGCCAGUGUCGGUCUGGUGGGGCCCGUUAUCGGCUGGAGCUAUCCUCGACAACCCUCAAGAGAUUGGCGGCGAAAGUGUCGAAACCGAGGAAUAAACCGCGCAGCUUGGACUUUACUAUAUCGUAUCUGCAUGGAAGCGAAUGGUUUCGUGUCCAGGCGGGUGGACACACCAAGCGUCGAUGCCGGGGUUGCUGCUGGAGCUGCAGGGGCAGACAUUCGAUGGCUCGGCGGGAGGAUUUUGGAUGCUACGGAGGGGUUUGUUGGUGGUCUGUCACCGCCACGGAUAACAGCGGAACCGGACUUUACUGCGGUGUUGCAACUCCGAGCAGCCCCAGAGCCCACCGUGGCUGCUACGGAGACCGAAAUAGACUACGAGGGGCUCCCCCAGGGUGUAGCCACCAGUACACACAUGUUAGCCGGCGCCGUGGCUGGCAUCAUGGAACACUGCCUAAUGUAUCCCAUCGACUGUGUUAAGACGCGGAUGCAGAGCCUGCAGCCCGAGCCGGGGGCGCGUUACCGUAACGUGAUGGACGCGCUACGUCAGAUCGUGCGUACCGAGGGGGUGUGGCGACCUGUGAGGGGGCUGAACGUCAUGGCGAUAGGGGCGGGGCCAGCCCAUGCUCUGUACUUUGCCUGUUAUGAGAAACUCAAGUUCUCACUCAGCAACGUGGUCCACCCGGGAGCUAACAGCCACUUUGCUAAUGGAAUGGCAGGCUGCAUGGCCACUGUACUCCAUGAUGCAAUCAUGAACCCAGCAGAAGUGGUGAAGCAGCGUAUGCAGAUGUACAACUCCCCGUACCGCGGCGUGUCUGACUGCGUGGGCUCCAUCUGGAGGCGUGAGGGCCCCGGGGCCUUCUACCGCUCCUACACCACCCAGCUGACCAUGAACGUCCCCUUCCAGGCUCUCCACUUCAUGACCUACGAGUACCUCCAGGAGCUGCUCAACCCCCACAGACAGUACAACCCCUCCUCUCACGUCAUCUCUGGGGCGCUUGCUGGGGCCAUUGCUGCCGCCGCCACCACCCCACUUGAUGUCUGUAAGACCCUCCUCAACACCCAGGAGGCCCUAGCGGUCCACGCUGAGGUCCCAGGAGCGCUGGGGGUUGGAGCGAGUGUAGGGACGGCGUCUGCCACUGGGGGGCGCCACAUCUCGGGGUUAGGGGAGGCGUUCCGGACUGUGUACAGGAUGGGGGGUGGGGCGGCGUUCUUUAAGGGCGUCCAAGCCAGGAUCAUCUAUCAGAUGCCCUCCACCGCCAUCAGCUGGUCCGUCUACGAGUUCUUCAAAUACGUCAUCACUAAGCGCCAGUACGAGAGAAGGCUGCACCACCGAGACGGAGAGAAGUAGAGAGGGAAGGAAGACCUUCAUUCAAAAUGUCCCCAAGGAACCCACCCCCAUAGAUAUGUACUAGAGGGCUCAGCUCCUAUCUUUGGGCCAAGUUCCCCCUCUAUCUAACUCUAUAACCACCCCACAGUAACCCCACCUCUAACCAUUUGACCUCUGACCUUCUGAACUAACCAGGAAAUAAAAGCCCCCCCUAGUAUUUUUGACUAGAAGAGAUACAGCUUUUGUCAAAAUUCACCUUACACAGCAGGUUUAGAACUUACUCAGCAGGUUAGGAGAAUUGUUGUAGCAGUUCAGGAGAAUUAGGUUAAGGUUAGCAAAAGUGAAGUUUUGUUUUUUGGUGCCAAAAGCUGUGUCCCAUCUACACCUGACCUCCUCUUAUCCUCUCACAUAAGAGAACAAGUCCCCAUCUUUCACAUAGUUUAUUAUAGACAUACUGUACAUGGCACUUUAAUUCAAAUAUACACUCACUGGCCAGUUUAUUUGGUACACCCAUCUAGUACCGGGUCGGACUCCCUUUGCCUCCAGAACAGACUGAAUUCUUUGGGGCAUGGAUUCUACAAGGUGUCAGAAAAGUUAUUUUCUCAAUUGGUAUCUAGGGACCUAAGGUGUGCCAGGAAACAUUCCCCACACCAGUACACCACCGCCACCAGCCUGUACCGGUGACACCAGGCAGGAUGGAUCUAUGGACUCAUGCUGCAUACGCCAAAUUCUGACUCUGCCAUCAGCUUGACGCAACAGGAACCGGGAUUUGUCAGACCAGGAGAUGUUGUUCCAUUCCUAAAUUGUCCAGUGUUGGUGAUCUUGUGCCCGCUGGAGCUGCUUCCUGUUGUUUUUAGCUAGGAGUGGAACCCGGUGUGGUCGUCUGCUGCAAUAGCCCAUCAGUGACAGGGACCGACAAGUUGUGUGUCUGAGAUGAUGUUCUGCACACCACUGUUGUACUGCGUCUGUUUGUGGCCUGCCUGUUACCUUGCACCAUUCUUGCCACUCUCCUUUGACCUCUCUCAUCAACGAGCUGUUUUCGCCCACGGGACUGCCACUGACUGGACGUGUUUUGUUUUCUCGCGCCAUUCUCGGUAAACCCUAGGCUGUCGUGUGUGAAAAGCCCAGGAGGGCAGACGUUUCUGAGAUACUGGAUCUGGCCUACCUGGCACCAGCAAUCAUACCACGCUUAACGUCGCUUAGGUCACUCGUUUUGCCCAUUCUAACUUUCAAUGGAACAGUAACUGAAUGCCUGUCUGCCUGCUUUAUAUAGCAAGCCACAGCCACGCUACUCACUGUCUGUAGGAGCGAUCAGUUUUGGUGAAUGAGGUGAUGUACCUAAUAAACUGUCCAGUUACUGUAUAUAUUAGAAUUAUAUUUCUGCAUUUCCCUACUAUAACCACUAGGGGGCUUUGAGUCUCGACCUCCCUCCUCCAUUGACUUUAUGGACAGAUCUAAAAGAGUCCCAAUAAUAUCUACUUUCUCCUGCAAAUGUGCACUCGUUCACUACGUCCCACUAAUCUAAUAGUAUUGGGUUGGUGGAGGAAUGGGCUAGUUUCCACCAUGUUUCUUAUACCAGUCAUUUCCUUUCAAACCAGUGAAUGGAAGUGAACAAGGGCACACUUUGGGAGGAAGGUGAGGUCAUGGGGGCGUAGACCAAGUGAAGACCUCUGUAUUGUGUGAUGACUGGAGUCAGUGGAUUCAGCAUUAAGGAUAUACCUAUAGUCACGACUACCACUGGGCUAUAUUUAGAUUAACGUUUAGCAUUCUGAAAUGGGAAUUAAAUUCACCAGAAAUUGUUUCAUGCAACGCUAUUUAAAACAAUAACUGCCUUUUCCAUCUUUGAGAUAGUGACUGGGCUUGUGUUCACGUAUUUCUCCGCCUGUAUGUAGACAUUGAGGAAUAUGAGUAUAUUGACUUGAAAUGUUCAACUUAACCCAUUGGAGUUGAUCAAGACAGUGGUGUUGACUGUGUGUGGAUGUGACUGACUGAAUGAGGAAGAGAGAAAUAAAUCAAAUAGGAGUGCAAAGCGCUAGAACACUGAGUGCAAAGCGCUAGAACACUGAGUGCAAAGCGCUAGAACACUGAGUGCAAAGCGCUAGAACACUGAGUGCAAAGCGCUAGAACACUGAGUGCAAAGCGCUAGAUCACUGAGUGCAAAGCGCUAGAUCACUGAGUGCAAAGCGCUAGA